AUGGACAAGGUCAACGUUUCGGGGUUGAAGGCGCUGCGGGGUGCGAUGGUAACAUACAUCAAGGAGCACGUCGCUCUGAAACGGUCGGGCCGUGUCGGACUUGCUCACGACGCCUGUGACGACGACGGCGAGGAGCCCCCUUCGGCAUCCCAAGCAGUCGGUGUCGCCGACACCCGCGGAGAGGCCACAGGCGGCGUCGACGACGCAGAUGGGGAGGCAGGGAGGGCGGUGCCGCGGACCGGGGAUCAGGAAGAGGAAGAGGAGGAAGAGGAGGAGGAGGAGGAGGAGGAGGCGUCCACCGAUGAUCGGGAUGAUAACGAGGAGGAGCGUGAGGAGCGUGAGCAGGGGCAGGAGGAGGACGAGGAGGAGGAGGAGGUGGAGGGGGCGGCGGAGGCCGUGCAGCAGGCGAUGGAGCAGGUGGUGGAGGCGGAGAAGCAGCAAGAGGGGGACGCUGAGGUGGGUCCUGGCGGCUCGCGGAGCAAGGGAGCCGAUGGGAGCCAUGGCGUCGGCCAGGUGGGUCCUGGCGGCUCUGGGAGCAAGGGAGCCGAUGGGAGCGGGGGUACUAGCGUGGUCGACCAGCUCAAGAAGAACGGGGCCAGGGUGAUAAGGACGCACAGCAAGGGCGAUGGAAUCAGGAGUGCGGAGGGGGGCCCUGCCGACCAGGUUGCCGCUCAAGAGGCUGGACCAACAGCUUCGCCAUUGGUGGCCGAGAAGCCCCCCAAUCUAGCAACCGCACCAACGGCGAUAGAUGGCGGCGCUGAAACCGUGAAGGGGCCGUCUGGGGGGGUGACGGGGACCACGUCGAUUCCCCGCAAACCCCCUGCGGCUAGCAGCGCGCCGGUCGCCCCGUCAGCCGCCAAGGACGAUGGGCCGUCCCUUGCGGCUACUCCACCACCAGCAGGCCCGUCUGCCGUCAAGGAUGAUGCGGCUAACCGCCCUGGUCCGUCCGCCCCAAAGGCGAACGCGCUCAUGGAAAUGCUCCGCCGCAUGGAGACCCAUCGCCCGGGCGUGCAGCCGACUCCCGUGGUCGGUGCCGCUCCGUCCAAACCGGAACGUCGCUCGGUCGCUCCGCAGGUCGGCGCCACAACGUCCAGUGCCCCACCUACCGCUCCUAACAUCGCCGGCCGUCCUCCUGUGGACCCCAAGUCCGCCCUGCUUCGCGCCCGGUUAGGCGCACGUACUGCGGCAGCGCCAGCACGGGCUCGAACAGAAGCCGGCUCAAGCGCGACGCCGACGUCGGUAACCGUAGCUGCACCCUCACUCGGUGCAGCUACUGUCGAGGCGGUGGCGGAGAAGGGCGUGAGUGCAGCGCUAGCCACGGGCGGUCGAUCCGUCGACCCUGCACAGGCGGCGAAAGGCCAGCGCGACGCCGGCAUCGAUGCCAUCCAGGACCUGUUGGAAGCGGUAAACCGCCCCGGGCAGCCCCCUGUUCUGGCCAUCUCGGACUCGGCGCAUGUGGAGCACUCGGCGAGUCCCCCCGGUAGAACAGCGGAGCUAAAGACGACCACUGCAGCUGUGGUGGUCACCAAGUCGAAACAGAAGGGGACGGCCGACACAGGGAAAGGGAGGCCGAGCUCGCAGAGGACAACACGGGGGAAGUCGGUGGAGAAAGGGAAGGAGAAGGCGAAGGAGAAGGAGAAGGAGAAGGAGAAGGCGAUGGAGAAGGCGAAGGAGACGGAGAAGGCGAAGGAGAAGGAGAAGGCGAAGGAGGAGGAGAAUGCGAAGGAGAAGGAGGAGGAGGAGGAGGAGGAUGAGGAGGAGGAGGAAGAGGAGGUGGAGGAGGCGGCGGAGGAGGAGGGCGAGGAUGAUGCUAAGGAGGAGGAGAAGGUGAAGGUGAAGGAGAAGGGACGGAAGGGUCAUGGCAUCCGCCACGACAACUCGGGCGACAAGCAAGGGUGGGUGGGCGAGAUUAAGGUGGCCGGGAACGAGAGUAGAUACAUCGGCAAGUCGCGCGACAAAAUGGAGCUGGCGUACCUCCACUCGAUUGUGUACCUCCUUUACGACGAGCAAGAUUCUCAUGGCCGAGCUCACCGGCUUGACGGAAACCAUGAAGAAGCAGUGGAGGGCGGUGUGGGAGGAGGUCAGGUUCUUGCCGACCGGGAUGUGGACGGUGAUAUGGGCAAGGGGCGCUUUCCUCCCAAAGACCCGUAUCGAGCGUACAAGACAUCAGGCGAUGAGCACCACGCCGCGCUCUUGCCGGCGAUCUGGUUCCCGGUCGAUGCCGACUCGAAGGAAGGGAAGGCGAAGUCGGAUGCAAUGAUGUCGGCCAUGAUUGAUCGCGUGUCCUUGUGCGCUGCGUAUGGGAAAGUCGCUGCCGCCGCGGCGAGGAAGGAGGGCGAAACGGAUGAGACGACGGCGUUGGUGGCACAGGCGCUAUCGGCCUCCGCUUGCGCCCUGUGGUGCUUAGUCGAGGGCGACGCCGCCCAGGUGGCCGAUGCUGUGCGCGAAAGGAAGGCGGCGGCGAUGGUGGUCGGUGCGAGCGGGAAGACCGGUGAUGAGUUUAUGAAGGUCAUGACGGCGGUGCUGGAGGCCGCGAAGAGCAGGGAGCAACCCCUCGGGGAGGUUGCGUACAACGUCGCAACGGCGCUGGAGUCUACAGCUCUGGCGAGAGCCUAUCCGGGGUUGGAUGGAGAAGUCGAAGCCCAAGUGAUCGCACCAGCAACGGUGGAAACCAUGGCGUUCUGGGGAAUGUGCCCCAAGGAUGGGCCGAAACUCAAGAAGAUCGGCAUCGCGGUGCCGCUUGACGCGCAGAUGGCGAAGCUUAUCGAACACAAGGGGGAGGAAGGGCCAGAGGGGCAAGCAGGGCAAGGACAGCUCGGGGAAGAAGGGCCAGAAGGGCAAGCAGGGCAAAGACAGCACGGCGGCUUAGUCGGUAUUGCAUUCUGGUCGCCUGGGGUGGCCUGGUAUGGGCGGCGUCGAUCGUGGAGUUCUCGUUGUGAUUGCUUUUCGUAG